GCUCUGGCAGAUCCGCAAAGAGUAUCUAUCAUUCAGUUUCAUGGUGUUGCAGUCCUUUCACCAUUGUCAGUGCCCAAAAAACAGUGAAAAAUCAUGUAUCCUUUCGCUUCUGCUGUCAUGUCGUCAUGAAGUGAAUCAGUGGACGGCUGAGGAGAGAGCAGAGGGACUGUCCGGAUGAAGAGAUUGUAGAAGAAGGCACUUCUACUGUCCGUGUACUUUCUGUUGCUGUGUCCUGGUAUCUAGAGACCUUGCAGGAGACAGCCCUGGGAUCACAGAUGAGAGGGUGACCGGAAAGUAAGUUCCUGAAUGGGAGGAGUGUAGGCGUGUGAGAGGGGUGUUCCUGUCGGAACUCUGAGCCUGGUCCAUGUGUGCAGUCAGCGCCAGCAACACACACGUCAAAGGAUUAUUAAUACCUUUCUGUGCGCAAGGCUCCAGCAGGGACAUCACAGUGAUCGGAGUCUGCCCCAUAACAUGUUAACGGAAACAACCAAUACAAAUGGUGAUUACCGCAGAAGAAAAUCAAAUAAAUACAUACUCUAGCUCACUGUGGAAAAGAGUCAAGAAAUGCAGCAAUAUCGACAGAAAGCCAUUGAAUUUAAUGACCAGCGACAGAACAACAAGAAGAGAUCCUUACUAAAUCGUGUACAGGAGAUUCUGGAUACUGUUCAGGUAAAAACCGUUCCCAGUGUUGUGUCUACUACAGACAGUGCAAUUAAUGAUCAGAACUCGAGUUUUAAGAACAUGAAUGGCUUUGCAAUUCUCCCCAAUGCGAUGACCUUUCCGGCUUCUUCUCAAAAUGGAUCGGCAAGGUUUGAAAAGUCAGUGGAAGAGCUGAUCUUUACUUCCCAGAAGGAACUAAAACCCAUAGACACUAGUUCUACAAAGGAAUGUAAUGAUUUUGUGCCUUUAUCUCAAAACAAGAGCCCACUCUCGACCAAUGCAAAACUUGUGUCCAUGGAGAGUACAGACAGUUCUGCUCAGGCAACCUCACAAUGCGAUUUACCACCGACAAGCAAGGAGGCCCCAGAUCCAUAUGUAUUGAGUCUUCAGAACCUCUUGAAGAAGUCCCGCGAGUAUAUUGAACGGGAGCAAAGCAGGCGAAGCAUGAAAGCCCACUCGAAGGGAAUUUCUGCUGAAAGCCACUGUGACAAGGAAAACGAUACCAUUAAAAUAAGCGACUCUUUAAAAGAAAAGGCAAGACUGAUAAACAGGAGCAGAAGCUGUAGUCCACUCAUGGCUGACAAGCCAGCUCUUAACAAAACAAAUACAUUGCUACAAACUGCCUCAAACCAAGGGCAAAGCUUUGCAAGUGCUCAGUCCACCUUCUCAAAAGUGGAUAUUCCAUGGAGACCUGGAACCUCUUCUGCUGUUGAUACAGAGUCAGAUGAAGAACUGAGAAAUGUUUGCAUGCUGGAGUAUGAAAGCAGCAUUAUAAAAAGCCUUACUGGCUCUUAUGCCAAAUUGCCCAGCCCAGAGCAGAGUUUAAGUCCAAAAAUGCACAGACGACGCCCCCGAACUUUAUCAGCUGGUAACAUUGUUAUAAACCAUCCAGUUAAUGCUUACGAUUUAAGCCCUAAGGAUAAAGGUAAAGUGAUGGACUUGACACUUCCAGAGACUAAUCAGAAAACGUCACUGUCUGAAUUUAUGCCAACAGUUGACGGAUGUGUGGCAGCCAUUUCUUCCAACAAAGGGCCUUCAGUGCGUGAAAAUACUUGCUUGGUUCCCAAUUUUAAUAAACCAUUAAGAAGUAACCCUGUUGGCUCAAUGUUGGACCCUGACAAUAGAAUGGUCAGUACAGGAACUGUAACUGGUGGUCUGCAAACUCGGAUGUGCAGGGAAACACGUGAGCUAAAUCCUGACUUCACAAACAGGUCUGAUGCAGAGCUGGCCAUCAAGCAUGGCCAUCCUGCAGCCAAUGUAGAUAAUGUACAGACGCCAUGUGUUCCUUUGGAGGCGGCAAAACGUAACUCACCGGCAGAACUCAAUAAAUCCUAUGAUGUAGAAACCCCAUCUCCUAUUUUAAUGCAAAGCCAAAGCACAAAUCAGGCCACAGACACACCUAGUAUGUCACUGAAGGACCAGUUAGAGAACAACCUUGACCUUCAGGUUAUACGCAGACUUGAACUGGAUAUAGAUAGUACACAAAGAGAGAGCUCCCUUGUAGCAACUGAAGAGGACAAGAGGUGGCUUCAUGAAAGAAAUGGUCGCAGGGGGUCCCUUCACAAGCACAAAAGUGAGGUGUUACCGAAUAGUACGACAGAGGAUAACCUGAGACAGAAAAUGCUGGGUUUUGAAGAAAUGAGGAAGAAACUGGAAGAGCAGCACGCUUACCAGCUGUCACUGCUGAUUGCUGAGCAGGAGAGGGAACAGGAGAGACUGCAGAGGGAGUUUGAGGAGGAAGGGAGGAGAUUGCGGUAUAAGGAAGUAGAUGUGUCUGCUGUGUCCGGAGCUCCAGACAGCUGCAGGACAAGGCCUGACUGGAACAACAGACGGGACAGCAGUGUAUCUGAGGGCCAUGUAGAUAAUAUACACUCCAUUAGCACUGUUGGGUCACUUGUUGCACCUUCUCAGCAUAAUUAUGGCUCUCCAAACGAGUCGUCAUUUAUUCAUUGGGGACAAGCAGACACCAGAACACCAAAAAUGUCAUCCUCAAGGCCCCUUACCAGAGCAAAAACCCGCUGGUCUCAGGUUUACAGUCCACAAAUGCUAAGAAAGUUCAAUAAACUUUCUGCACUGGCCAAAGGUUUUCUUACCCGGAGACUGAUGCAGACUGAGAAGCUGAAGAAUCUAAGGCAAACUGUCAAAGAUACCGCUGAAUUCAUUAAGACAUUCCAAACUGAAGUUCCAUUAAGUAGAGGUACAGUGUCCUCUCAAGAUAUUUCCUUACAGGAAAGAGUCCUUGCACAGCUGAGGGCUGCUUUGUAUGAAAUCCACGAUAUCUUCUUCACAUUGGAUACCGCAGAAAGGAUGAAUAUACUGGUUCUUGACCGGGAAUUGCGGCGCGAGAAGUUAAUCAGACAGAUGGAAAAAAUUAAGAGCCCCCGGGACAGGUUGAUCCUUUCAUCAGCAACUCAGAAGUCUCUGGAUAGGAAAAAGCUCACCAGGGCCGUAGAAAUUGGAAUGUCAAAUAGAAAACCUAUGCCAAAACCCAAGGCCAUGGAAACCAGAAUCCUUCAGCCGAGCCAAGGACAAAAUGCACCCAUCAGUAAGCUACUUUGCAGGCAAGGGAGUGUCUGCAAAAAGAACCUCAAGAAAGAAGCCAAAUGUUGCGACAAUUUGAGGAGACAGCACUCACUGGGAUAAGCUAGAUAGCAAAGCACUUCUUCCACCCUGUCCCAUUAGUCUGUUCUGCGCUUUGGCUGUGUAUAAUCGCAUGCGUGCGUCUGCAUGCCGAUGUUACAUUCUUGUAUCUCCAGACAUUGCUCUUUCUCUUUUGCAUGUCCCAAAACACAAGCUCUAGAACCUCUACAAAGGAAUUGCAGCUGCUGAAUUCCAUGAUGGGAAUAUGAGGCGGUACACUGUGUGACCAUGACAUUCCUCUAGAGGCACCAAUGUUAAAUGUUAUUCUUUGCACUGUUGGCAGAAAGUGAUUUAGGUCUGAAAAAAAGAUUUCAUUGUUUAAAGCUGGCUGUAGCUGAGCAACAUGUUCCAGUCAUCACAGAUGUAUGUAAGGACUAUGAGGGACAUCAAUAACCAGGAAAACCAGUGACAAUGUGCAAAGCAUCCGAUCAGUUUGCUUUAAUGACAAAUGCUUACACUUCACUAGAACAUAAUAGAAUCUCAGCUCUGCAGCAUCUACUUAUUUCCAUGCACCAGUUUUCAUAAAGGCCCCCUAUGUCUUCCUAUAAACUACAUAACAAGCAAAUCUACAGCGUCAGAUAUUUCCCACCCUCACGUGGGAUACCCCUAUGGUUGUUCUACAGGAACUCUUCUUAAAAGUAGGUUUUAGAGUUAUACUAUAUACAUUUAGUAUUUGAUCAACUUGAAAUUUGUGUUUAAUGGCCUAUUUAAAAAAAAUAAUUAUCUUUAAGAAAAGUUGAUUUAUGGUCAUUUACUGCAAUAUAUAUAUAUAACUGCCACCCAGCAACUCCAUUGCUCAUGGGGAAACAACACUGUUCGCUAUUACAAUGCCAAGACCUUACUUAAAGCCUAGAAGUUAAAGUUGCAUCCACAACCUUUGUCUGCAUCCUUUUACAUCGAUGCUGGAGGAUAUUCAUCCUGGGGUGCUGCGAUGUGCGAGCAAGAGUGACUGAAUAACUAACUUAGACCAAAACAGAAACCACCUGUGCUUUUAUUUUCUAUAGUCUGCUCCAGCUGUAGUACAGUAGUAGAAUACAAAAGUCAGAAUUUUUUUUUUUAAUUAACCAAUAUACAACAUGUAUGUUUCAACACGCGUUGGCUAUCUGUGACAUUGGACUAUGUCCAGCAAAGUUAUUUAUUAUGACUCCUGUUUAUGCUGUAAUAUCUCUAUAAACUUUACACUCUGUUCAUAUUUGUACUUACUAUUUAACGUUGGAUUAGUUUAAAUAUACUUGAUAAAUUUCAGUGACUGACUUUAGUCACCCUAUGGGUAAUCGUUAUCACCCAAAUGUCUCGGGAGCACAGCAGAUCUCCUGCACUUGCUGGGUUUGUAUAUUUCUACUUAUAUAACGUUGUACUGUCUUUUAUAAGUUGUUACAAACUUAACAUGACUAAGUACUGCUGAAAUGUUAAAUAGAACUUUUCUGGAAAUGUAGGUUCUUACAUGUUACAAAUCUAAUUCUGUAAUGUGCAAAUUUCACACAAAUUAAUUAAGACCUUGGGAGAUUUUUUUUUAAGAGGGGGGCUUUGGAUGUGGGAUUUAAAAGGGCAAUAAUAUUACAAGCAAAACACUGCUUUUAUGUUGACAUAAUAUUGCCCUUUUAAAUCCCACCACCAGAAAAGCCGUCAAGUGCUUAGUAAAUGUAGCCCCUGGUUUAAUUCUAGCUCAUCUACAUUGUUAAUCCGUUUCCCAAAACCUGACCUGAUAACUUUAUUGUCUUGCAGUGCUGUCUAUGUGACUGUGCCUAUAGCUGGGACUAAUAUCUCCAGUUUAAAUAUUCAACUUUUGUAUAAACUUUUUCCAGUAUCCUUUUUUAUUUUAUUUUAAUUUUUUAUUUUAAAUAUAUUUUUAAAGGGUCUUUUAUUCCUGAAUGGACAGAGACACACUCUGCAAUCGACGGCCUUUUUUUCCUCUUCAGUGCCAGAGCAUUUUUCUAUACAUUGUAUUUAUUUAUACAUAUUUAAUGUCCUCUGCAUGAAAAUUGGUUUCUUUAUAAAGUGUAUUUAUUUUUGUACUUUGUUUUGUAUAUUUUUGUUUUGUUUUUGUGUUGCUUGUUUUCUUAGUAUUAAUAAAGUUUUUGUCUAUAAGGAAAAAA